GUGUUAUACACGCAGAGUUGACUAGUCCUGGCUAGCGGUCAGGCUGAUGCAAGAUGCGGACAGACAGGUACUUGGAUACACACUCUUGUUGGAACCCCGGGUUGGCCAUCACAACCUCAUGAUGACAAUGGCCGUGGCCCAUCCAUGAUCUGACAGUUCCGCUUUCAAGUAGAGGUACCAAGCGUCAGAGUAUCCAGCCUGAGAGCACGAGUGACGACAGUGACGACAGUGGUCGGAUAUUUUCAGCCCAGCACCACAAGAGGCUGAGAAGAAGCGCCAUCAUCCCCAAGGCUAGCGAUGAUCAGAGUGUCGGGUGUGGAGAUAGCGACGAUAAAGAUGAUGUCAAGUCUGGAGGCAGUGACAUCGAUCGAAGGGACCGCAGAAUUCCAGAAAAACGGUUCUUGGUACUUACAGCAGCAGGGACAGCUUGUGAUCCAGAGUUGUUACCUUCACUAGAGACAAGUUCUGACGUCAGGGACGAAGUUCUUGAUCCAGAGGAUCAAGGACAGUCGACAUCAACCCGAAGUGAACAACAAGUAGACGAAGACUCGAUGGCCCACAGGAGUGAUCAGCCAAUCGAGGAAGGCGACGAAUUAGAGACUUCACUAGAAGAUUCCAAGGAGUCAAGCUGGCCAGAAGACGAAGACAACAGCGGCUCGUUACCACCAGAACCUGAAGAGGCCAGUGAUUCCAACUUUGACCUAGACUCAGAGUCUGAGGCCGCUAGUACCGAUACAUCCGAAUCGAAACUGUUGACGCAGACAUCGAGGAGAAAAUUUUUUAGGAGAAGCCCUGUACCCCGGAUAAAACGUCGCGGUAGCAGUGCGGAAGAUCACUACCAUAAACGGUGGCAUUCAGGGAAGCCAUCAAGGGUAUGACAUGUCAGCAAGUAAUAGUGAUACUUGAGUAACAAUAUGGUACUUUGCUAACACUAUAAGGUAGGAAGCACAGCAGAACAUUGUGGAGAAGUUGCGGUAUGUAUUUUUCUCCUUUGCAGACAAGACUAGUGAUGGUGGUUAACUGUUGGAAAUAGCUCUUUUUUCUGGGAGGGUGGGAGCGGAAAUGGUGGUCGCCUCCCGAGAUGUUUUUCGUGCCGUAUGUCCGGUGUUGUAAGUAGUCAGCUAACUGAAACAGCCAAAUGUGUUAAGUAGUACGUCUCGUGAGGUCUCACUAACGCUGUAUUCUAGACUCCACCCAGUACCCUGAUUGGAGAUAGGCUGGAGGAACGACUGCCCUGCGGCUGCUUGUACAAAGAAGCCAUGUUGGAAAUGUAUCUCGCAAAAAGAGGAGUCCUGACAGUGAGUGGCUAAAUAACUAGUGAACGGCAUUUCAGCCGUCCAGGUGACCAGACUGCUACUGACGUGUUGAUCUCCUUUUUUGUUGAGAUGUCUAACAAUAUUUCCCAGAAACAACAGAAGCAGCGGCAAGAUAGGCUUGACCAGCACCAUCGUCGCGACCUCAUCAAUAUGUUUGAGCUGUUCUUUGGCCCAUUCACUGUGGAGAAGGCAUGUAACCGACCCCAACUGAUCGAAAUCAUCAGAAACAGCAAAAGGAAAACACAAUUAUUGAAGGACAAAUGACCAGGUUAGCUAACGGCUUUUCUCUCUUCGUAUCGACGACACAGAUGCUGAACCUAGGCGGUGCUCGGCUCAAAGCUGCCGAAGAAGCAGCUCUACAAGACGACAUGCUGGCCGACCGUCUGAGUAGUACGCGUCUCUAGCCACCAAGUCGGCCGUUUCUUGCGCUUCGAAAGCCCAUUCCUGUGCCUCAUAACUACAUCAUUGCAUUAUGUGUAUCUACCCGCCUGCCUGGUUACAAGUCCUGGAAAGCAAGUCGAUCACCCCCAGCGAGUCUGCGUUGCCGAAACGUGCUUUCAAGGUAAGCAUGCAUGUUUUACACCAUUCAUGCUUAUUAGUGAUUCUCCCAUCCAGACGCUGUCGAUGCCAGUGGAGCCGCCAGAAUCUGCGAGGUCUUCUGAUGCUCUUCUUUUUGCUUCUUUUUCUCAACAAUACAUACAUAGCACUCACCAGUGCACACUGCUAUUUAUACUCAAUUUUGCCUCCUGCGAUCCAGGCCGUCGGGGC